AGAGAGGGAGGGGGAGAGAGAGAUUUUAGUCUACAGUAUCACAGUAACAGCAGUUUGAUGUAGAUGCCUGCCACACUGAAUCCUUUCCUUUUCAUGGGGAAUGGGGUCUGGCGCAAGCAAGAACAUCAACAAUGCUGCUGAACCCAAUUCAACUACAUCAUUACAGAGCUGUGACUCUUCGUUGAGCUGUGGCCCUCCACCACCCCCAAGCAUCAUAAUUACAGCCCCUUCAAGAGAGGACCUACUGGCUGAGCCCCCUGCCAAAACUAUUGAAGAGGCUGGACGUGAAGCAAGGGAGGCCAUACCUAGAAGAUCACCUAUAUGUGUUGGACGUGGGCCUAUUACCACCCGUCCUUAAUGACCUGUAUGUUUACAUCAUAAAUAUGACAUUUUCACCCAGUGUGCGAAGAACAUCGCAGUUUUCCGAUGGAGACGACGACGACGGAGGCGAAUCAGGAUCCGAUCAAAUUGAAAUCUCUCAAAAAUGGCAAGACAUUUACAGUUCCACAAAAAGACAGGCUGGGGAACUGCAGAAGUGUCAAGGAGUUUGAGAAACUUAAUCGGAUAGGUGAAGGAACAUAUGGCAUUGUGUAUAGAGCUCGUGACACAAAGACAGAUGAGAUUGUGGCUCUUAAGAAAGUGCGGAUGGACAAGGAGAAAGAUGGUAUACCAAUCAGCAGUUUAAGGGAGAUUACCCUGCUCCUCGAGCUGAGGCAUCCUAAUAUAGUGGAACUUAAGGAGGUCGUGGUGGGCAACCAUUUAGAAAGCCUCUUUCUGGUCAUGGGCUACUGUGAGCAGGACCUGGCAAGCCUGCUGGAAAACAUGCAAUCUCCUUUCUCAGAGGCACAGGUGAAGUGCAUUGUUCUGCAGUUGCUUAAGGGACUGGCUUAUCUUCACCAUAACUUCAUUCUCCACAGGGAUCUUAAAGUCUCCAAUCUACUCAUGACUGACAAAGGCUGUGUUAAGAUAGCCGACUUUGGUUUGGCACGGGUCUAUGGUGUUCCCCUCCAGCCUAUGACCCCUCGUGUGGUGACGCUGUGGUACAGAGCUCCAGAGCUUCUACUUGGGUCCAAGACUCAGACCACAGCCCUGGACAUGUGGGCAGUGGGCUGCAUCCUGGCAGAGCUUCUGGCCCAUAAGCCCCUGUUGCCGGGUGGCUCAGAGAUUCAGCAGGUGGACUUGAUCGUGCAGCUCCUGGGGACGCCCAACGAGAACAUAUGGCCGGGUUUUUCUCGGCUGCCUCUUGUGGGUCAGUACAGUCUGAGGAAGCAGCCAUACAACAACCUGAAGAACAAAUUCACCUGGCUCUCGGAGGCUGGCUUGCGUCUGCUCAACCUGCUUUUCAUGUACAACCCUCAGCGCAGGGCCUCUGCUAGAGACAGCUUAGAGAGCUCCUACUUUAAAGAAAAACCUUUGCCAUGCGAACCAGAACUCAUGCCAACCUUUCCGCAUCAUCGCAACAAAAGGCACGGCCCAGCCACCGAGGGCCAGUCAAAACGCAGCAAAGUAUGACAUCAUUCAUCCCUUUUUGCUGUAAAAUAAAUAUUGUGCGAAGAAUGACAUGACAAAAACAAGGACAAUUUACAAAUCUACAGUUGAAGAUACUGUAUGUAUGAUAACAAUACAGAAGUGUGUCUCAGUGUACAAGUACAGAACUAUUUGCUAGUUGUGAAUACUUUUUAAGCCCUACUACUGCUAAUUUGCACAUAGCUGCAGUGUGAAUAUGUGUGCAGAAGCCAUCAGUACAUGUCCACUUACAUUACACCAUUUCAUGGCAAGGAAAAAUCAAGUUUGUAUAUCUAGCCCUUCUGAUAUGUGAGCAGUGGGCAUCCGCCUGGUCUUGCACGUUUUGAAAUAACUUUGGAAAUGUCAAAAGGGCCACUGGAUAGUAAGGGACCAUUGACUGUGCCUUUCUGGCCUGGGAGGCUCUUCAGGAGUAUGUCUGGACAGUAGAUCAUUAGCUUAGUCCACAGACAUUGGCAGAAUUUUUCUCCAGUUUGCUUUCCCUGGAUCCUGAUGUCCAGUAUAUCUGGAUGCAUGCAUUCGCUAGCCUGCUUUAUUGUAACUUGUUGUUACAUGUUUACAAUGUAAAAUGACUGUGCACAGAUUUAUGUGUAUGAGGAUGUCAUUUUUGUGUAUUGGAUUAGGUCUUGAUGGCCUCAUACAUUUUAUCCUCUUUGGGAUGUGGAGGGGCCAUUUUUCAUGAAUUAAAGAGCCUUAUUGAAACC